UGACCUUUAAUCUUUCGAAAGCUAACGGGUUUUCAGAAAAUUUUGAAUAACUAGGUAUAAUGUUAAGGCUUUCUGAAAUCUUAGCUAAGAAGCUCAAACAUGGUUUCGGUAUAAUUUAGUGACGGUGUUUAAAACGGUUAAUUUACAGUAAAUCUUGUCAGUGUCCAGCAGGGAGUUCCUACGAUGGAGAAAGAGGUGUCGAAGAUAAGAAGUAUGGGCCUUGGGAGCCACAACCUACCAUGCCUGCGAGCUACAAGUCAUGACCCACCUACCUCCAUGCCACUGCUUUAAGAACUUUACAGUUGCACAAUCAUGGGGACUGCAAACAAAGCUGGUUUGACAUAUCCUUUCCGCCAGGUAGCUAACGUGUUAUGUGCUUAUCUUGCAAAGGAGUACUAGUGCGCACCAUGUAAACAGGACUUGGGAUUGUAGUGAAGGAGAAAAAUCAGGGGAGGAAGCACUAGAAAUAAAACGGAAUUCUGCUAGUUCUUGUGCGUGCGCUUAUUUUUCCCUGUAAAUUCUGGGUGAAAAACUAUAGUGUUGAAUUUGUGUCCAGAGGUAAAGAAAUAGAACACAAACAAAACAAGUAUUUACGCCACAUAGCCAUAUUAUUUUGUUGUUGCCAAAACGCUCAUGUGUUUAUUCUAAGCGCCAUCAAAAACUAAUCCAGUAUAUACACAAAUAAGCACCCGAAGUGGUUAAAAAUAAAACUGGACGACGUGAAUAAUUUGUAUUAGUUUCUUUUUUUUUCCUAUGGGCUUCUUUUCGAUCUGCUUCAUUUUCGCCCGUUUUGCAAUCAGACACAUAAAUCAAUCUCAAAUUAGAUUUGAAGAAAAGGACUGACGACGAAAUUGCCAAGUCUGGUGAUGACUGUGUCAGCGAGCGCUACGACUGACUUGCCCAAGGCUAAGGUGCACCGGAAGGGCCACUGCCAGCGUCCAGCACCGGCAGCCAGGGAGGAGUGUCGCUGCUGAAAGCCCACAAGUGGUCGGUAGUCACGGCCCCCUUGUCAGGUGCCCUCUUGCAGUGUAGCCUCAGCAGUUGGAGUGGGGAGCCACACACACACAUACAGAAGUAGUAAAGCUACAUUGUUGACGGAGUUUACAACUCCCUUUGCCUGGGCCCUCAUACAAAACUGGAUUUUUUUAAACCAUUUUAAGAAAACGGGAGAAAGGAAGGAAAAGUGUUCCGUGUGACGUUGUACUACGACUUCUGUAACAGUUCAGAGCUACUUUUUGGCAUGAAAUAAUGUGACAUGGAGACCGAAGCGUUCCUUCCUUUAGGCGGUCCAGAUUCUAGAAUUUGGCCAGAUUUUCUUAUUUAAAAAGUGUGGACUACUUUGGCCUCCAACAAGUAAAAACAGUUGGGCUGUGAUUGAAGAACCAUUAUCUGUUUCCCACAUCAUCCUACCGUUAAGGGGUGUGUCAUCUGCCUGGAAACAUCGCUGUAUUCACGUUGCUAUGCAGCUACCUCAACACGUUAGAUGACACUGAAAGUUGGCCACCUUGCAACUCGAGCAGCCAUGUGGACCAGUAACUGGAAAGAUUUUUCAUCCCAAGUGAAUUCAACAUCUCUGAGCUCUCCAACACAUCGGGGAACCAUGAGUAUGUCCACUCUUCAUCCGUCCAUCAGUGGUUCGAGCAUCAGUCCUACACUGAGUUCUCCAACUCAGCUCCACUCGCCCAUAAGCACUUUGAGUUCACCAAUGAAUGGCCUUGGAUCCCCAUUUUCUGUCAUCAGUUCUCCCAUGGGCCCUCACUCAAUGUCUCUUCCUUCCACACCUGGCAUGGGUUUUGGAAGUAGCACUAGUCCUCAGCUUAAUUCACCUCUGAACCCAGUCAGUAGUACAGAAGAUAUUAAGCCACCGCUGGGAAUCAAUGGCAUCCUUAAAGUUCCAGCGCAUCCUUCAGGGGCUAUGGCAGCCUUCACAAAACACAUUUGUGCCAUCUGUGGUGACCGAUCUUCAGGUAAACACUAUGGUGUGUACAGCUGUGAAGGCUGCAAAGGUUUCUUUAAGCGCACUGUGAGAAAAGACCUCACUUAUACCUGCAGGGACAACAAAGACUGCUUGAUCGACAAACGACAAAGGAACAGGUGUCAGUACUGCCGGUACCAGAAGUGUCUCGCCAUGGGCAUGAAACGAGAAGCUGUACAGGAAGAAAGGCAGAGAGGGAAGGACAGAAAUGAGAAUGAGGUAGAAUCGACAAGCAGUGCUAAUGACGACAUGCCUGUGGAGAAAAUCCUUGAGGCAGAGCUUGCGGUGGAGCCAAAGACAGAAACCUACAUUGAGGCAAACAUGGGAAUGGCCCCAAGUUCGCCCAAUGAUCCUGUAACAAACAUUUGCCAAGCUGCUGACAAACAGCUCUUUACUCUGGUUGAGUGGGCAAAGCGAAUACCACAUUUCUCAGAUCUGCCGCUGGACGACCAGGUUAUUCUACUUCGAGCAGGAUGGAAUGAACUGCUUAUCGCUUCCUUUUCACAUCGUUCGAUAGCAGUGAAAGACGGUAUUCUUUUGGCCACUGGACUACAUGUUCAUCGAAACAGUGCCCACAGUGCAGGUGUUGGGGCCAUCUUUGACAGAGUGUUAACAGAGCUGGUGUCAAAAAUGAGAGACAUGAAGAUGGACAAGACAGAGUUAGGCUGCCUGCGAGCAAUUGUUCUCUUCAAUCCAGAUUCCAAGGGUCUGUCAAAUCCUGCAGAGGUGGAAGCCUUACGGGAGAAGGUGUAUGCAUCUCUAGAAUCCUACUGCAAACAUAAGUACCCUGAACAGCCUGGAAGGUUUGCUAAACUUCUUCUGCGCCUUCCUGCACUUCGUUCGAUUGGCCUGAAAUGCCUGGAGCACCUCUUCUUCUUCAAGCUAAUAGGUGACACACCUAUCGAUACGUUUCUUAUGGAAAUGCUGGAGGCCCCACAUCAACUGACAUAAUCACAGAAAAUGGACAAGAAAGAACUAUUUCUGUGGCUGUGAAGAGAAUUAUCAUCCCCAGAAAAAGAGAGAGCGAGAGAGACUCUGCCCAUCUCCUCUCUCCUACACUGAUUUUUCUGAUUUGCCUGGAUAAAAACUUAGAGGAGUCAUUCUGUGUCACAAGCCUUUAUUAGCUUCACUGCGUUUCAUCUUGAAUUGUGUUUGAUGAAAGGCAGUGCCUGAGAUUUGAAACACUGACUCUAAUAUAUCUAUCUUCUUGUUUGCACAUGCCCAUCAGUGGACAUUUAGCUACAGAUGCAUAUUGACUAAGGUCAGUGAAUAUUCAAUGAUCAUUGGGCUCAUACACUUGAAUAUUCUGUUUUAAAAGAAGAAGAAAAGCUGAAUGGAAAAUUUCUGAAUUUCUAACCAUUGCUGUGACGCUUCAUGUUUUCGGUCUGUGAAGUCGUGUCUUUGUUGUUUGGUGUGUUACACACACAUACACAUGCAAUUUUGUUUGAGCACAAUGCAGAUUGAUUCCCGGCUGUGCUCUUUAUAAAGUUUGACUUUGUUGUAUAUAACAGAAUGUAAAUGUAAGAACUAUUUCCCAAAGAUUUUGCUAUUCACAGUUAUUGCUGUUUAGCUCUAGUCAAUCAGAAUGUGAGACACUGAGAGUUAUCCAGGUUUCAUACAGUAUUUAAAUACAGUUUCUUAUUUGGGGCUAAGACACUGGAAAUUCUUAGUAACUGUUAGAGCAAUUUAUUUGCAAGUCUUUUUCAUACAUAUUUGAUUCAUGACUGCAUGCAUCUUCUCUUUUUUCAAUGCAGUGAUCACCAGAUUCACAUUUGACCUAGCUUUCAGGUAAAGUGCAGUACACAGAGGUCACGAUUCACAAUUGCUACCAGUUCAGUGUUUCACUUACACAUGAAGACAGGUUGAUGUAGGAAUGCUAUGGGUUAUGGUUGAGUAUUUGGGUGGUGACACACAGUGGAGGAUUGUACAGUAAGUGUUGCUGAGUAUUUUGCUUUAAAGUUUUUCACUUAAUGUUCACAGUGUUCAAGCAGCAAGAUUUGCAAAUGUCUGAAUGGAUGUUCUCCCAGUGUCAGUAAUAAGCAAACAAAAUUAAUAAUGGCAUUUCAGUGAAAGUGCUUUUUCCUUUGAGUGUGGAGUUUGUUUAGGGUCUAGUGUUUUUUUUUAUUAUGCUGCUUAAUAAAAUAGACCAGACCCACAAAUAUUUUUUUUCUGGAUGCCGUUAUGCUCGGUUGCACCAGAAAGAUGAACUUAUACCAUAUGUGUGCAUUUAACAGAAGGGCGCAUGUGUAUAAGGGUCCUCAGAAUGUGACUCGUGUCUGAAUGGCAUUGUACUUGUAUGUGCAGCUGAAGAUGUACAGGUGACAAAACAGUAUUGUCAUGUCAUUUAAAGACAAUGCACGCAGUUAACAUGUACCAGAGUACAUUUAUGUUCACAUGCAUUUGGUAGCCUCAUUAGAGGCCUUAAUGGUAGCAGCAGUACAACACCCGUAGGUGCUACAAAAUAGGAUUGGGAAUAGGCAGAAAAUCAGUAGGGCACUUGAAUGGCUACAGAGGGCACUUUUUCUUCACACAUUUUUCAGUGUAGGAAUGGCAGCAGAAUGCAUUUGUAUGUAAAGGGCUGCCGGUAGUACUUUUUGCCAUCCAUGUUAUAAUGGACUUUCCUGAGAUACCAAACACGUGAAGUACUUCAGAGGAUGUGUUUACAACAGAAAACUCAUAGCAUGUUAAUUGGCUGUAUGAAGAAACUUUACUUUUCUCUACUCUAACCCAAACUGUUUGGAUACGUACUCCUUUCACAAUGGAUCUGGCAUUUAUUUUCAGGUAUUAUUUUUCCAUUUAGGACAUUCCUUCCAAUGUUCCAAAAUUGAAUAGACAAAUUUGACAACUAUUAUAAACGCAUUUAGACUUGGAUGUGCGUUGCAUACAUAAAAUGCAUGUAUGUACUGCAUAUCUUUUGAGCCUAACAUUACUUAAACAUGUUUAUAUCAUAAUACAUUAUAAGGUAACUAGGCAGUUAACACAGUUACUUCCAGACCGCCUUAAGUGACAUGGAAAGAGAAGCUUACCAGAGGUUACUUAGUUUAUUUAGUUAUAUAAAGGUAAAUUAGCACUGUGGCCAUUUAUUUUGGACUCAUGUUGACUCUUUAAAGGAUAUUUCAGCUAGAGACAGUACCACAAAAUUAAGUCACUGAAGGCCACUUUCUGCAAUCCACACGUGGGUUUGUGUGUGUGACUUUUUUUUGUUUUUGCAGAAGACCCACUGCUCUCAAAUUAUAGCUAUAUGUAUAUAUCUGUGUAUGUAUGUAUAUACCAACUCUGUGGUUGUACAAAAGUCAAGUAAAGCAAAGAUGCCAUUAUUAUUGAAAGUGGCUUUCAGCAAAAUUACUUGAAAAUAUCAGCACUCACUGAAAAUGUCUUCAUAGACCUCUGUGGCUCCCUUGUGUGUGUGUUUUUAGCAUAAUAUAUGGAAGUAUCUUGCAGUGUGGGAAUAAGAGGAUGUGUAAAAAAUGGGGAUUCCUACCCAUAUAAAUGUGUCACAUAAACUCAUUGUGUUUGUUAGCACCUUAGUACACUGUUCAGCAGUGUUGUCCUGGCUUUUUAAGUAGCACAGUAUAAAAUGUCAUGUGAAACAGACAUGGCAUUACAGCAGCAACAUUUUGCAGGGUAAAUUAAUAUAACGGCAUUUCUCAUUUACCUUAAUUCUAUUAAAAAUAAUGCAUAUUUUCUUCUGAAUCUUUUCAACUAUGAAAGUAUCUUAGUUUGAUGCACCAAACAGAAAAUCUGAUGAUGUUAAUUUUCAUUCCAUCCUCACCUGAUAGGUUUGGAUCCAAGGCAUUGGAUCCGACUCUGCUGCUUGUAAAAGCUUGUUGCAAUCCAAACCUCCCAAGCUUGUCCUCCCCAUUACCUAAAAUCUUGUUUGCAAGCACUAAAGAAAGAGAAAACACCGGCAGGAUUUAAGAAGUGUGGGAAAUGCAGCCAAAAGAUUCCCUUUUCUGAUUCUCUUUCAGUGAUGCCCUUUCUGGAGAAACUUCCAAAAAGGUGCCUAAAUCAUCUCUGAGCUCUUCUUCAGUUUCGUCAAAGAUCUCAGAGGAAGUUUCAAAAAGGCCUUCUUCUGAUCCAAAAAAAGAACAAAAAAAUUAAGUCAUAAGAUCCAACAGGUCCAUGUUAAAUGUUCGAACAUCCAUGGUGAACAUUACAUGGUCAAGACCAAAUGUUUGACAUUUGGAUGUUCGAACAUCAAAUAAAAAAAAGAAAAAACACUUUAACCCCUGCACCCCCACACCCCCCCCUACUUAAAUAUACCAACUCCGAGACCACGCUUCAGUGCAGAAAAGGGAAAUUCUCCCUAUCUGCACUGUACGGCGCCAUUGAAAGUCUUUCUUCGAACACUCAAAAUUUCGAACAUUUGGUCUCGACCAUGUAGCAUUCGAAGAUUUGUCAGGUACCCGAUCCCAACUGCCUCAGAUCAGACAAAAGAAAAAAGUACCUCUUUGGAUUGGAUUCCUUCUUUGGAUCUGAGGUCUCUGAAAACACAGGACUCAUUGGCUGCGAAGAUCCCCAAUCCUCCAGCAUUUUUGGACACACUACCUAGGACAAGGUACUCCCCAUCUGUGGACCCUGUCUCAUUAAGGGUACCUUCUUUUCUUUACAGACCAGACUCUCCCUCCAGGCAGUCCUCUCGCUCUUUUAGGAGCCUCACAGUAGAAGAUCUGGAGAGGGUAUUGAGAUGGCUGCUUUUGGCUCAGAGCCUCCCAGUUAUUGUUUUAGCUAUUUUGCCCUGAUCCACAAGAGGAGUCAUCAAGGCAUGCUGUUCUCCACGAUUAGCCCCCCCCCCCCCUGAUUACUUUACUCUUAUCCUCCAAUUCCUGUAAUCCCAAAAUUCCUUUAAAGAGCUGCCAGUUUGAAAACCAAAGUUGCCCUCAUUGCCCCUUUUGGCCUCAACAGAUUUGGCUUCCCUUCUUACUGUGGCCUCACUUAGUUCACCAACCUUGGAUUCUGGACCCAGUUCCGGAACUCUUGUCUCAUCCGAUGGGCACGACACAUCCAGAACUCCCAAGCCUCAAGCUGACAGCUUGGUUUCUCCAAUUCCAAUAAUAGCCAGACGGUCAAUACUAUCUUCCCCUGUGCAUCACAUCUUGCUAGCUUCCCUUAAGCCAUCCACUAGGAAACUUUGUGCUAAUAAGUGGUAAAGAUUUGUCCAUUGAACUGUUCAAAAGCAUAUAGAUCUGUUCUCAGCACCAGUUAAUCAUGUGCAAGAGUUCUUGACAAAGCUUUUCAACCAGGGGGCUAGCUCUUCAACAGUGAGAGUCCAAUUGGCAGAGAUUUCUAAUUUGAUGGCCACUCACUAGCCUCUAAUAAACUAUGUAAAACCUUUUUGCAUGGCACAGUUCUUAAACCCCCUUUUAAAGAUCCCACGCCACCAUGGGGUUUGAGUCUGGUACUGUGGUCCUUGAUUCUACCACCCUUUGAGUCUUCCCAUGAUUGUGACCUAAGGUUUGGUCUUGGAAGACCUUAUUUUUAGUUGCCAUUACCUCUGCCAAACAAACUUUGGAAAUGUAGUCAUUGUUGGUGAAACAUCCAUGUCUACUUUUCUAUAAGGCUAGAGUAUCCUUAUGAACUAAUGCAUCCUUUUUGCUGAAGGUGGAAUCACAAAUCAACAUCAAUCAAUAUAUUAAUCUUCCAGUAUUCUUUCCAAACUAUCCCAACAAAGGAGAAUAUUUGCUAAACCUGCUAGAUAGACGUACAUAGUUACGUUUCUGUCUUUAUGAGACAAAAUAUAUCAGAAAAAGUGAUCAGUUGUUUGCAUCAUUUCUUGGAUUGAAGUUGAGCACACCUGUGUCUAAAGUCACCUUAGAUAAAUGGCUUACUGACUACCUCCUUUACUUAUGAAAAAGACAAAAUUGCAGGACAAAAACACCUCAAACCCCAGCAAUCUUCAGCUUUUCAGCUCUUUAAUAAAAUUGUUGAAAAACCACAGUACCACAUUGAAAAUGUUAAGCGCUUUUCGUCUGGUUCAGCGGCCAAACUUCUUCAGACAAGUAACAGCAGGUACAAAUUAACUUGUAUAAAAAAUAAAACAUAACUCUCAAAUCCAAAACCAACUAAAAUGCAUCCAUUAAAAAUUAAUUUGUCUACUCUCAGCAUAUACAGUCCUAAAAUGUUAUGCAUACAAUUUACCAUAAUAUUAUAAAAUAAAUCAAAAAGAACCCCAUCAGAACUGCAGAUGACAUUACCUACAAAACAUUUUUACAGGGGAACGCUGUCCUGUAUCCCAUUCCACCCUUAUAACUUCCUGGCUGCGCAACUACAUGGAAAACAAAACAUUCUGCAAGGCUGAAAUGGCUCACACAGCUGCAGUCUCGCAGUAGAGCUGAUAAUUGUAAAAAAGAAAAAGAAAAAAAUUGCGGGACUUGUACAUUCAGGUAGUUGAGGUUGGGGGAGAGAGAGAGAUGCUGUGAAGAUGCAAAUUUUAUAUUGCCUGUCACAGUGUAACUUAGAAAUGCAAAAAGAAAUCUGCAUGUAAGAACUAUUGCCGUGGUACCAUUUGUAUAUUUCCUUUGGUACAGGGAAUCUACAAUGUGAUGGAGGUGAAGAUGGUCCCUGUGAAAUGCUUUUCACUGUAACUUCAAGUUGCCAUAGUGCAUCAUGAUGUAUAACUUCUUUUUGUUUGCUGGUUAUUAUUACCUGACUGGCUUUAAACAAUUAAUGGGUAACUUACAAUGUUUUGUAAUAGAUCUGUUUCCUGUACUUGUAGUAACUGAUCACAUAUUCAGAAUGUUUUAUGGCAAUCUUAACUGCACAUGUACAGUUCUUCUCCUUUACGUCUGACUGUUAAACAGUUAAAACAUCUGGUUCAGUUCUUUGCUAUUUUUAGGUCUUGUGGUAGCCAUGUGAACCCAUAUUGAAUUUCAAGUAUAUCCCAUUACUUACGCCCAUUGGGGACUUCCAUUUUGGAAACUAGUAUUCUUUGAAAGCUUCUCCCAAACCUUUCAUCUCUCAGUAUUGGUGUGCGUAUGGCAUACUGGGUUUCACAACACAGAGGUUUAUCAAUGCUGUAUCCUAAGUUUAAAAAGUUUGGUUCAAAGAUUCAUAUUCAUAAAGAUAUUUCAGCUUUAGAAGUACCACAUGCACCAGAUGCUUAAAUAGCUAAACCUUAAAAUAGCUAUUCUUAAAUAAGUUACUUUUUUGUGAAUACCGUCAUCAUCCGUAUGGUACUAUGCUUACAAGGGUCUUAAGAUUUCCUUUAUAGCUAUAGAAGCCACUCCCAAGGAUUCAUUAAAGGGCCUAGUGCAAACCGUAUGGCUCAUGCUAACAAGAACCUGCUCCCUUGACAUGCCAGUGUGCGAAACAUGUUAGCCAUGAUGAGGUAAGAUGCCAUUAUUGGCUAAUUUGCAUGUCUCAGUGUUGCAUUUACUACAACGGCAUGCAUAUCAUCGCUGAUCUGCACAUGUUAGUAAACUGCUCCCUCAUGUAGGGAGUGGUAUUCUUUCCUAGUCAUUCAUCCACAUAAACAAGUACACAAAGCAUGAGCAAUCACACACACACACACACACACACACACACAUGAACACCUCAGUUCUCGUGCCCGUACCUUAUCUGUCUGGCCUCCUGUUUUCUCCAUAAUGGUUGAAAUGCCAUUGUGGCACAUAUGUCAUGCCUUGGUGAUUAAUGUAUUUUCUACACCCCGUUCCCCAUACUGCCAUUGGUUCCAUUAUGCCACUUAGAUUUAAAUGUACUCCUUGGUGGCUAGUGAAUCCCCCAACCCCAUUCCUUGUACAGACUUUGGUGCUGUUAUGGCACUUCCAUGUAAGAGUAAUCACUAGUGUAUGGUUUAUUUGCCUCACUCCCGUCUCUGUACUGUCAUUGGUGCUGUUAUGGCACUUCCAUACAAAAGUAAAUGCUAGUGUCUAGUGCAGCCACCCCAUUCCUAUACCAUGCUCUUGCUAGGUCAAUACCAUUCCUCAGUGAUGAUGGCAGUGCUGAUCUGCAGAGUCAAGCAAUUUCUUUAAUCCCCUGGUGUGUAGAUGCCUUCAGGGUGGCAUCUCCUAGGGGGAGAGCACAUGGCUAAUUAGAAUAUGCCUCUCCCUGGGACGCCUCAUUAGCAUUCAUCACCAUGGAGCCAGCUCUGGUGCUGCAUAUCUUUAUGCUAGAACACCAUGUUAGGGUGGUUGCUGAAUUGGUAAAAGGUACUGUGACAUGUAUGCAGAGAUGUACACAUUGCGGUUCCUUAGUGAAACACAUCUCCUUUAUUUUAAUUUUUAUUGAACUGAAAAUGAAAACAUUUCCCUUAUAGCAGAUUGACAUCUUUUGUCCUUUUUUCAUAGAAAGAUGUGUACUACCAUUUUCUAGCCCUCAAGGUAAAAUGUGUGCAGAUAUGUAGUAUAUUUUUGCUGGAUAAUGAGAUUAGGUUUUCUUUGAUUUUUUGUGAUUUUAUGAUAUUUUAAAAGUACAAUGCAAGUAUGUCAUGGAUGUUGUAUACAGAUGUAAUGUAGGUUUAAUUACUAGAUUUGCACCAUUGAACUUCACAAAGAGGCUUAGUAGUUUUUUUCCCUAUGUUUUCCAGGUUUGCCCUUUUGGAUGUUUGGACACUCUUGCAACUUGUUGCACGCAGCAUAAACUGACAUUCAUAUUAGCCCCUAUCCAGAGAUGAAUAUGCAGUAUGUAUAACUGUCUGAUGGGGACAUACAGUAUACAUACAUAAAUAUUUUUUUGCCAGAAAAUUGACAUUAGGAACAGCCUUAACUUAUACAAGAAUUAUUUCAUUUCAUGUAAGCCACCUCUCCACAUUUACUGCAAUUAAAAAAUAUAUGGAUGGAACAUUUAGGGCAGUUUGUAUGGUUACCAGUGCCAGCCGAUGCUGUUAUAUUUUAUGCCAGUAAAAUUUAUUUGCAAAAGAAAGCACAUCCUUAAACAAGUGUUUGUACUGAGUUUGUCUGAAAAAAAAAAAAAACAAAUGUCCCCAGUACUAUAUUUUUGCUGUUUGUUAUCAGACACAAAUGUAGCACCAUUCCCCAAAAACAUACAAAUGAUUUUUUUAACUGGUAAAAGACUACCUCGAAAAAAUACAAACUGUAGCUACUCUUUUGCUAUCACUUUGUGAUAAUGGAGAAAGGGAAAAUAAUAAUGGCCACAGUAAUGGAUUUCAGUUUGCAGUGAUCAAUCAGAGAAAUGCACCCAUACCCUGAUCACUGUAAUUAUCAAAAAAGGAAAACCACCUAGGUAAACCAGUAAAUGUGGUGUACUUCCAAAAAAAAAAACACCUGCAGUAGAAACAAAACUUUGUUGAAGAUAAUUGUAUAUGUAUGAGACUAUCUGAAUGAAAGCAUGGCCGUAGCUUGUUGCUGUCAGAUGUGUUCAGUGUCCCCCUUGCUAACAAACCACAUCAGUAAUUGUUCCGACUGGAUCGUGUAAAUGCCAUUUGCUUUCACACGCAGACAGCCACCAAAAAAGAUAAUGCGUAGCUGCUUCUGGUGAUCAACUCUGUUAUUAUGAAGACUGAAAUAUUUGUCUCAGUAGUGUACUUAAAUUUGCUGGUGUCAUUCACAGUUAUAAACACUAAUCCUAGUGACUGUAGUUAUUUGAGCAAUGAAUGACGUGCCUGACAUAGUAAUAAUGUAGUGAUUGGCUAGCUGUGUCCUGUCGUGUGAAAGGCAGGGACUGACUGGUACUAACUUUACUGUGUGACAUUCAUUCAUUCUCUGAUUACUAGUAAAGCUUGUAAUCAAAGAACGAAUAAAUGAAUGAAAAUGUCUUCACAUAAUUAAGAACUUAAGGAAUCAUACACAUGCUUAACACCUAGACUCACACGUGAUAGUGCUUUAGAAUCUGAGAGAUCUAAAAUGGACAAUUUCUGUAUUUUGUCAGGUCAAACUAUUUCCAGUUGCAUGUUAAACACAAGAUGGCAUCAUCCUGUCAUCGCUGAAGCAUUUAUUUUGAAGAGAAAGGGCCGACUUCUGUCAAGUUUUAAGCAUUUCUCAUAUUUAUUUAUUUAGAUUUAAUUUCAAAAGAUUCAGUAGUAUCUAGUCAGAUCAGUAUGUUCACUGACAAUUCGGAUCACUCAGUACAGCGGGUGUGUUUGUGUUGAUAGUCGUCUGUAUUUAUUGGUAACUAGAAGCCAUAAAAAUAUGAAAAGUAGGAGUUCCAACAAGAUGAAAGGGAAUGUGAGGCAACAAGCUCAGUACCGGCUGUGGAAUCUAGGCAUUCGUGCAUCUGACAAACAGUGAUUCACUUUUUUAGUUUUGUAGGUUUCGGCAGGUGGGAAAGGUAAUAGAGAAACAUGCAGAUAAUUGGAUUUGUGUCAUACUGCAUAAUUCCAUCGCUAAUAAAAAGAAAUGCUGGAAAAACGCCAAGAGGACAGGAUCAUUGUCACUUUGCAUACUCCAUAGUCAGUCAACAAAUGCAGAUUUGCAACGUCUGGAUGCUAUGGGGAUAGAAAAAGAUUGUUUGGUAGAGGAGAACUGUCCUAACAUCACUCCCUCAUUGUGGGAAGCAAAAAAAAAGUAAAUACAUAGAAAUUCCCAAGUUUGAGCUUAUAAUACGCAAAUACAAGAAAUAAAUCCUGACACAGAUCCAAAUUACUAUUUUUUAUUUAAAGUAGCCUUAGAUAUAACUGUAGAAAAAAAAAUAAAAAGGGGAAUACACACAUUUUUCUCAGGGUAGUGAAUUGCAAACUUAGGAACUCAAGAGAACAAAAGUGAUGCAGCAUACAGGUUCUGUGAGGCCACAUGUUGUUGUGUCUUUCGGCUUUUCCCGGUUAGGGGAUGCCACAGCGGGACUCCGGUCCGCUAAUGAUUGGCAGUUGAUUUUUACGUACUGAGUUGCCAGCUCUGACACAACCUUCAAUGAAGGUACGCCCAUUCACGCAUGUUUCCACGCAGAAGACUCUCUAGCUGAGAAUCGAUUACUGUAUUUCCAAAGGGAUCAUGGAAACCAGAUAGCUGUAUUUUUUGUUUGCUAUGUAGUGCCAGUGUUUCAGGAAUGAUGGUCUGAUUGUUUUAAGUUUGUAUUUGAAUUAGUUUCAUUGAUGGAUUGACUCAUAAUGCUUGUAUCAGUAGACAAGUGGAGUUUUUCUUUUUUAUCCCAACCCUUUCCCCUUACACUUGUUCUGUCAUUGUAUAAUUAGUGGGAUCGUUGAAAUACCUGGAAAUGCUGAACUGAUUCAGAGUCAGGGUUCUGUUGUCCCACUGUCUCAGUUAAGAUUCUUAUGUCAUUUCUUUUCAUUGUGGAAUUGACAAGUGGAGAGAGUUUUGAGUUGGUAUAAUGGUUAAGAUGUUUACCUCACAGACGCAAGUUACAGGGUUUGAUUUUCACCUUUGAAAGGGAAAUUAGCUAGGCUUAAAAUGGCCCACAAGGGAAGCUAGUCUAUUACUUACCUGUGAGCAAAGUGGCCCCAUGACCUACACUGCGUGAAACAGCACUGUGUGCUGGUUGGAUUUAUGUCCACCUUUUGGUUAGCAGGUAACAUCUGUUUCCAUUCUGCCACAGAGGACGAGAAGACCUUCAUUGAAAAAUUGACAUUGUCUGCCAUCCCCACUGAUGAAUACUUUAGUAUAUUAAUUAGAACUGGUAUUCCUGUAUUGUACAUAAUGACACUGCUGUUACAAUUGAUGAAUACUUUGGUAUAUUAAUUAGAACUGGUAUUCCUGCAUUGUACGAAAUAACACUAUGUUGAUAGUCUCCAGUGACAUCAUAGCAGUACCAUUAUAAGGGUGUGUGGCUGUCCGAGGUUUCACUAGCCCUUAGAAAUACUAUGGACAGCCGUCAUUUAAGUUUUACCUGCUAAAAUGUAUUUUGUUAUGGAGGGGAUUUUUAACUUCCCACCUGAAAAUAUUUUUUCCUGUUCUGGUAGCGGUAUAAAGAUUAGAGCAGUUAUAUAUGAUGAUGAUAUUUAGCACAUUUUUUUAUUGAUUUCAGAGAUUUUGUGAGUAUCUAAAUUUUAGAUAUGCUUUGUAUUCCUAUUAGAUGAGCUUUUUUAAAUGUGAAUUUGAACAUUUCUUCGGUCAUAUCCAUAAUAUACAGCUUAAGAAAUUGUGGGACUCACCCUACUGAGUAUGCUGGAAUACAUCUAAAGCUGCUUUCUACUUUGUCACAUACAUACAUCAGAUGCAGAACAGUAGGAAAAAAAUAAUUUUACCUGGAGGUCCAAAAAACAGUUACUCGAUAAGUAGAAUUUUGCUUCUUUACUGUCUGUGGGGCUUUGUAUUUUGAAAUAAAUUUAACUAUUCAUGUAAAGACAAAUACUUAGCAGCAUGAAAACACUAAAACUAACUUGGUUUAGAAAUGCAGAAUUACAUAGUAAACUAGAGCUCAAAUUAUUUUGCAGAUUUCUCAGUAAUAUUUGGGCUCUUUAGUAAUACCACACUGUUACAGACUAAACGCGUUUAUUGGUAAAGCAAACAGCAUAUUACAAAUUGAAAUGUUGGAUUUUGUUUCAUAUUUGUUAGCACUAAGAGCCGGGGUUCAAAAUGUUGUUUCUAAAUGAGCACUUAAAACUUGUUCUUAAGCUUUUUGAAGUACAUAUGUUUGUAUGCAUAUGUGUUUGUGUGCAUUAUGUGAGAAAAGUUUGUUGUCUGUUUUCUAGCCAUUGCCAUCCAGAUAAUUGUUAUCCAUCUUUUUUAGCAGUUAUUUCACAUCAGGCUAUCAGAGUUUUUACCACUGUAGCCAAAUGGAGAUUACUGUCAUGCAGCAUUAGUUGUCAUCGCCUCAUAUACCUCUCUCGUUUUUAUUUUCUUUGUUUGUGUCAAGCCACUUGGAAACUGAUAAAAUGAGUUAUUUCCUAUCAGAAUAUCCAGCUCUACUUUUAAUGCUCGGUUUGUCUUUGAAUGUUGUAGAGCAACUGAAUUCAGAUACAUUUCUUUCAGUCAGUGGUUUAUUUGUAGAUAUGCCAUCAGGCAGUAAGUACUUGUCUCAGUGCAAUGUACUGAAACUGUCUUGUAGUUUAUCCGCAAGUGAACUGAAUGCUGAUGUCUUGCAUAAAACACAAAAGUGACCUUUCUUUUCUUAAGUUAAAGGCUGGAUGCAUACAAAAGUCAACAUGUGGCUAACCAGGCGGUAUAGUUCGCAUUGCUGAAAAAUAGUGCAUGCUCUAAUUUAAUGUAUUAUACGUUUUAUGAAAUUUAGGAAAAAGUGUUUGCUUAAUUGGUUAAACUAAGAUUUUCCAAUUAGAGAUGCUUGCUUUUUUAAAAUAAUUGUUAAUUUCUUUCUUAUGCUUCGGGUUUCAAUGAAGUUAGGAGGAAAAGUGUGUGCAACAGGUGUUUGGCUGUAAUACAAAUUGCCCAGAGACGCAUCUAUUUUAAGAUGGGUCAGUGGCAGCUGGAUUGAUGUAGCUCUACCUUACCCCAGCAUGUAGUAAUGCCUUUGGCUAUAGACCCAUAGCUAAAAUUUAGAAAAAAAAGUGUCUAAAGAAAAAUAUAUAUAUUUUUGUACAAAAUGUAAUUUUAUCCCUUCAUCUAAUCUUGGAUAAUACUUUUUUGGUUUCUUUCUCUGGAUUGUUGUAUACAUUCUCUGUGCAACUGUUGAUAUUCUGAGUAAAAUGUCAAGUAAAAGAAAAACAAUCAAAAGAGGUUUUUAAACAUUUAAGACUGUGUAUCAAAUUAUUGCAGAGAGAGUUGCUUAGUGGAUACCUUUCCCUUGUAAUUUUGUCUGUUUUAUUUUCAUUUUAUGUUUAUGUAACCUGGCAUUUCCGCAGGCCUGCUCAACUGUGAAAUAUUCCACAACCCCAUAUGUUUCUGUUAGAAAUGCCAAUAUUUUUGAUGAACAAUAUUAAAACUGUUAAUUGUGAACCUUUUAAAUGAACAUUUCACUCAAUUUUCUUCUCAUGUUGGUGGUCUUUUUGGGUGCUGUUCCUUGUUCUGCUGCUGUUUCAGUCUGUGUUCUAGUGAGCCAUUUCCAAAAAUGUUUUGUUUGAAUGAUACCUGCAGCUGUGUUGGACCUGUCCUUCAGCUAUAAUGUUGCAGUGUAUGUUAUGUGAGUUAGAAUAAAAAAAAAAACACCUGUUUUACAAGCAGCUGCCAAAACACAAAAUCACAUCACUGAUAUUUGUGUAAUUUCCUGCUUUGCACAUUGGCGUUUUAGUAAUUCCGUUUUUGAUAGCACACCAUUUUCCAGAAUUACCCCCUUCCCAACCACCAGUAGUAUUCAUUUAGGUGGUUAAAAUCUUGUACUAAAUUUUCAAAAGGAAAUCCUUAAACAUCUAAAUUGCUUUUCAGUAAACUGAACCAUUUCCUCUAAGGUUUAAUAAAAUUGCUACAUGUGAUAUUCAUCCUUUGUAUUUUUCCUGAUGUGGUUAGUAGUAAACCAGUGGCAAUCUCAUUGUGGUAGGUAUUUGAAAGGGGUUUCAGUAGUAAACUGAACCAUUUCCCCUGAGGUUUAAUAAAAUUGUUACAUGUGAUA